AAAAGGACGUGAUUCAGGAUCCUGCGUUCCAAAACAUGAUGAACCAGACCGCACUGCUUUACCUCGAAGAGUUGGGUGUGUCCUCCCGCACGAUUCAGUGCGACCAGGAGCUGGCCAUCCACAGCCUCGUGCUGGACCUGGAGGAAGCCAUAUGACAGUGCACAACUUUGACUUUCACUUUGCCUCCCCCUCAUUUGUAUAGCAUGAACAGCAAUACAAACACAAGCACAUCACAUGGAGCCAGUGCAUGACAAAGUCAUACGCCUACGUGGAUAUACUGUUUGGGCAGCUUCCGGAAUCUGUCAUGCAAACAGUGCCGCAGGGAGGCACUUGGAGCUGCUGUUUUGCAUGACAAAUGAUGUACAGGGGGAGUUAGUUGUGUACUUUCAUAAGCCACCGCGGGCAGCGACGUGGUCACCGUUUCGGUGAAGGUCGAGCUCGACGUGCCGCCGCCCUACUUCAUGC